UCAGAGCUGCAGACCUGAGGCGCCCGUUGCUGGUGAGAGGGAGGACAGGUACAGGGACCGCAGUCACCCAGCACUUCAGGGCAGGCGCGGCUCCCACUGGGACCCAGGGGACCGGUGGCUUCCUCUUCUCCGUCCUCACGGUCGUGUCAGACGGUGGUGGCAGAUGGCAGCCGGGCCUGGAGUUCUGUUUGGUGUCCGGUCACUUUUCAUUAUUGCUUUUGCAUCUCUUGCAUCAGAAAAGAAAGGCUUUUUCCUGCCUUCGGGCAUGAAUCAGGUGGCGAUUCAGCUGGAGGUGUUGAUAACCCUUUAUGUUCUCUUCUCCUGGUGCCACGGAGGAAUUACAAAUAUAAACUGCUCUGGCAGCAUCUGGGUGGAACCACCCACCAUCUUUAAAAUGGGCACGAACAUCUCUGUAUACUGCCAAGCAGCCGGUAAGAACUGCCAGCCAAGGAGCCUUUAUUUGUGUAAAAAUGGCGUCACCGAAAGAUUUCGCAUGUCCAGGAUUAACAGAACAACAGCUCGACACUGGCUCCGGAACUUUCGGGAGCCGCACGCCUCCGUGUUCUGCACUGCGGCGUGUCUCGGACGGUUGCAGGAGACGCUGGUAUGCGGACAGGACAUUUUUUCUGGAUACCCGCCGGACGCCCCCCGGGAGGUGACCUGUGCCAUCCGCGAGUACUCAGGCCGCAUGACGUGCAGCUGGGCCGCGGGCAGGCCCACCCACGUGGACACGGAGUUCGCGGUGCGCGUGAAGAGUCUGGAGACCGGAGAAGAGCGUCGGUAUCUCGCCUCCAGCUCCGCCAACAUCUCCACCCAGGCGCUGCCCGCCGGCGGGGAGUACUGGGUUUGGGUCCAGGCCGCAAACGCGCUGGGCACGGAGGAGUCCAAACCCUCGCGAGUUCGUCUGGAUGACAUAGUGAUACCGUCUGCAUCCGUCAUUUCCAGGGUGGAGACCCUGAAUGCCACUGCUCCCAAGACCGUCGUUCACUGGGAAAGCGACACGGCGCUGCAGCGGCUGUCCUGCGAGGUCCGGCACGCGGCCGCCGCCAACCGCACGUGGACGGUUACAGAGUUUGACACCAACCUCACCUACCCACAACAGUCCGAGUUCUUCUUGGAGCCAGACGUGAAUUACACAUUUCAAGUGCGGUGUCGAGAAGCAGGGAAAAGGUACUGGCAGCCCUGGAGCGCACCCUUUCAUCACAAAACACCUGACGCGGUCCCCCAGGUAGCCCUGAAGUCACCGCAGCAUGGCGCUGAAGACUCGGACUCAGGGCCCCCGGUUGCUUCUGUCUUAAAAGGACACCUGGCUUCAGACCGCAGGCAAGAUGUCGGACUCUUAUCAGGAAUGGUCUUCUUCGCCGUGACACUGUCGAUUCUUUCUCUGAUCGGGAUCUUUAACAGAUCGCUCCGCUCUGGAAUUAAAAGAAAAAUCUUACUGCUGAUACCAGCGUGGCUCCAUGAAGAGAUUCCUCACAUGGAGAACAGCAGCGUCGUGAAGAUGCUGCAGGAAAAACAUGAAUUUGUGAAUAAUAAUUCCAGCGAGCAGGUCCUUUAUGUUGAUCCCACGAUUACAGAGAUAACAGAAGUUCUUCCCCCAGAGGAGCGCAAGCCAGCCAGUUACAGAGAGGAGAUGAAUACAGGAGCCCAGGACGCAAAAGCAUCAGCAUUUGCCCCGAGCACCGUGGUGUACAUUCCUGACCUCACCUCUGGAUAUAAACCCCAGAUCUCAAGUUUCCUCUCUGCAGGAAAUCAUGUCAGCAGCAGCAAUGAAACCGGUCCUCCAACCCCUAAACCAACAGUGGACUCCUUCGACCUAGGAAGGAGUGCCAGGGUUAGAAGAUAUCCUCAGUUUACGCUUCCUGUCUCCAGUGUGAAUUCACUAAGCAACACACUAAUUCUUGAAGAGUUGAGCCUCAUUCUCGAUCAAGGCGAAUGCGGUCCUCCUGACACACGGAACUCAGCAGAGGGAGAAAGCUCCUUGCUUUUGGAAAACGAUUCUGCCAGCGAUGCUAUCCCAGAGCAGACCGUACUGCCGGAUGAAUUUGUCUCCUGCCUGGGGAUCGUGGAUGAGGAGUUGCCAUCUCUGAACCCUUACUUUCCACAAAACAUUUUGGAAAGCCACUUCAAUAGGAUUUCACUCUUGGAAAAGCAGAGCUUGUAGCCAAAGUCCAAAUGGGAAGCUGUCCUGGAGUCGGAAGUUCUCUCUUCCCCUCCAUGGAAAUGCCAUUCUGUGCCAAGGUCCCAAAGAGGGGCGUGCUUCAUGGUCACACAACAAGAGCAGCAUUAGUAGGGAAACCAAUGCAUUUUUAAAAGAACCGCACUCCUUCCUCUUCAUAGCUUCCUUCCCUGAAAGGUACAGAGUCUCUCUGCCACGUCGAGGAAGGAUAAAUAACACAAGAUGUGCGGGGGUGAAAAAAAUGCCAGAAAUCAAAAUACCAGCAUCUGCUUGCAAAGCGAGAAGCAAGUUUAAUUUUCAUCUUAGCACUUCAAAUUCUCUCGAGGAGAUUAAAAUAUAGCUCCAGACAGCAAACUAAGUAAAGGAAGGAAGAAAGAGGUAGUUGGUUAGCAUAUUUGCUGUCACAUUUCUUCCACUACUUUCUAUUCCGGUAUUGGAGAUUUGGUCUGGGGGUGUUUGGUCCAAGAGAUGUAAAACAAAGAUGUGUGGAGACGAAUUCCCUCUCUGUGUUCACCGUGGUGCCUCUGUUCUCCUGCGGCAUUGCUGGCACAGUAUUUAAGCUAUUAUGGAAUCCAGGAGAGGUAGCGGAUGCAGGGUCAGCAAGACGCAGUUGUUCCUGGUACCGUCUAUCUAUUAGAUAGGUCAGACAUCCUUAUUAGAACAGACACGUGCGUGCCUAGAGCUGCAGUGCAGACGCACACACGGCAGACAUCACUAGCCGAUCACCACACACCUCAAUUUCCUUUUCAUGGUUCUUUAUUUGUUACACUUUAUAUAUCCUCCAAGGAAUCUGUUUCACAUUCCUAACGGAACACCACUGUUAAAAUAUCUUGUUUUGCACCGUGUGCAUUUGCUUUAUUCUUCUCCCAAGAGAGAAUCAUGGUGAAACAAAGAGGCAAGGAGAACUGGAGCAGAAAGAACUGGACUGAGAGUCAUCUCUGUUGUUUAAUAACCUGCCGUGGACAUUCGGUGACGUGGGAGUAAUGGUGUUAUAGUGCGUUUCACCAUAACUGUAAUUUAUGGAAUGUCGAAAAAGCUUUCGCAGCCGGGCAUGGUGGUGCACGCCUGUUAUCCCAGCAGCACUCGGGAGACUGAGGCAAGAGGAU